CUGAAAAUGGAGAUGCUCUCAUCGACUUGAAUUGUUUCGAAGUCAUACCUCUAUAGAAAAUAGCACCAUCUCUCCUUCACCACCCCACAGGACGAAUGGUAAUUACGGGAUCUUUUUUAGAGUUAGUGGUGCACCAGAAAACGCUAGUGACGCGUUUUUGGCUGAGGAAUGGCGCCUCGAGCCUGAAAAAGUCAGCUUUAUUGUCCUCGCCCGUUCCUGGAACACAGCGAAUGAACGGUUCUUCAAGUCGAUUUCUGUCAUACAGAAUUGCGAUUGUUGGGAGCGGCCCGUCUGGAUGUUACACCGCAAAGUAUUUGACGUCGGCUCUCGAAAAACAGGGCAUUGUUGGCAACCACCGGGUGGACGUGAUUGAGAGACUUCCGACACCCUACGGUUUGGUACGCUACGGUGUCGCACCCGAUCAUCCCGAAGUCAAGAACGUACAGAACGAUUUCGAUCAGCUGUUCGAAAAAGGAGUUCAGUUUUACGGAAAUGUUCAAGUAGGUCGUCAUGUGACGGUCGACGAAUUGCGCCAGGCCUACGAUGCAGUCGUACUUGCUUACGGGUGUGAAAGUGACCGGAAGUUAAAUCUACCGGGCGAAGACUUGGACGGUGUCCUGAGUGCGCGAGAGUUUGUAGCUUGGUACAACGGACACCCUGAUUAUGUACAUAUCGGCCAGCAAGUGGCUCGUGCCUUGGGCAGUAACGAUAAAACUCGUAAUGCGUUCCUGGAUGCAUCUGUCGUCGUAGUCGGACAGGGUAACGUUGCGCUCGAUUGUGCACGAAUAUUGGCCAAGGGCGGGAACGGUCUCUACGAAACUGAUAUGGCAGCGCAUGCUUUGCCGGUCCUGGCCGGCGGUGCGAAGGAUGUUUCGAUUGUUGGACGCCGGGGUCACGUACAAGGAGCGUUCACUAUUAAAGAGCUUCGCGAACUAGUCAAACUAGAAGAAGAGGGGUACGGAGCUUCGUUCGUCGUGCGAAAUGAUGAACUGGAUCUCGGAACGACCGCAGCGUCCCUGGAAGAGUUAGCAAGUGCUUCGGGAAGACCGAAGAAACGCAUCGACAAACUCCUUCGAGAUACAGCGGCAAAAGAGAGCAAUUCUGCUGCAGUCCGCGCAGUCGUUUGUGAACGAACUCGUCUUGAGGGUAGUGCAGGUCAACAAGUGGCUGUCGGUACUGGUGAAACGGAAACAAUUCCAGCCCAGCUGGUGCUGGUCAGCAUCGGAUACAAAGGAAUGCCGCUUGCCGGUACCGAGCAGUGGUUCAUUGCUAGUAGGGGGUUGAUUUCCAACGAGCACGGCCGCGUUUCUGGGGCGAUAGACGACCUUGGAGGUCUGUAUGUGUCUGGGUGGCUGAAACGAGGACCGAAUGGGAUCAUCGGAACAAAUAUUGCGGACGCCAAGGAUACAGUCGCGUCGGUUGUUGAAGACUUGGCCGGUACAGACGCCAAGAAGGAUGCGUUUUGUCUGGACUCCAUGUUGCGUGCGAGGGCGGUCAACUUCAUCAAGUGGGAUGGAUACCAGCGAAUCCAACAAAUUGAGAAUAGCAGGAGGCGGAGCGUCCAGCAACCCCGCGAAAAAAUCACGUCCAUUGCAGAGCUAAUGGAGGCUGCGGCAUUGAAAUGACUUUUACCGGCGAUUUGGAAAAUUAAAGUCUUUUAAGAGUAGAUUACACUUCAAAAUGAUGGUCCACGGUUUGAUGCCCUUGUUCAUCUCCGUCUGAACUAUCAUCUUUGCGCUUAUCGGCGGCUAGCAGUAAAGAAACCAUAUUACUGCCACUCUGAUCCGACCCGUCCGCAGCGGCAGCUACCACAGCCGCCGCGGACGCCACCGCAUCGGCCAGCGAAGGAUCUGUAACGGUUUCGUGAGCGGCAGCAAUCGCUGCGUCCCAAGAAGCCUUCCACUGAGAAAGCAAUAUAAUCGAUUUAUUCAGAGUCUGAAAGGCUUUGUCGUACAGUAUAUUGAUGUCUUCGCUAUUGGAGGGCAAAUCGGGAUCGUGAUAGUGGUGGUGGUGCAGGAGCUCAUUAGCCAUAUCGAAUACUGAAGACGGGGGUGGAUCGGGAUCGAGUUCUGUAUUUCCUCCCAGUGUGGCCGCUGCAGCAGAAUCAUUGUUGUUGGACACCGAAUGUAGUAAUUGCUCGGUGUCCAUAACGGCUUCUUGUACCGAUUGAUGCAGAUCGACACCAAUUUCUUGAAAUCCGUAGCCAUCCCGAAAGUGCUUGGUACCUUCGACGCUUCCGUUAAUGAUGAGCGCAUCGGAAUGCAAAUGUAUCGUCUUGCCGUUGAGUUUGAACUUUUUCUGGCUGGGCCCAAUCGCGUAAAUAAUACUGGGGCCGUCCACGUUGUAUUGUUGGUUUGCCUUGACGGGACGUUUGCGGUCGGUGCGACGCUUUUCGUUCAAGUCGCGCUGGCACUGAAAGCAAAGUCCCGAGCGCAGGUAAAGAGAAGCCGGUUCGCCUGGUUCACUGUCGUAGAGCAGCACCGGAACGCCCACUUUGGAGCAAUUCGGUGCGGUGCAUUGGACCUGUCCGGCACCUUCGGGAAUAGCAAUGUGCGGGGAUAAUUCCGCCUCGUGAAAAUCGGCCUCGUUAGGUUUAAUGGAAUAGUCAAUGAUGAUGUAACGCUUCUUCUUGAGCCGCACCAUGAUUUGACCGUCGUUGACUCCCGGAAUGCCUGGUUGUCGUUGAUAAACAUUCCCGUUGGCCCGUCCCAGGUUCAUUUCCAACUCGACGGCGAAGGAGUCCGGCGACAGGACAACUUGUGACAUGAUUUUUUUUACGAGAGAGAACAAGGAGCCUUUGCGGGACGCAGCGCUGUUUCAAAAUUGUGAGUUUGUUUCUGUAUUGCACGCAACAAUCCCACUCGUAGGACUCGGCUUUAUCGAAGCCGCAGUCGUUAAAACAGUGAAGGGACAACGCCCCUCCCUCACGGCCAUUGUUAUACCGGUGUGACGUUGUUGAGUAAGACUUUACUAAACGUAAAUGCUCAUGCCAUGCCAUGCCGUGCUUCCGACUUGUGAUCCUUUGGGCGCGUUCGGAUCGAUGGAUCUUGUGACACACACACACACAUACACGGCGGAUUGUCGAGAGUGCGCCUACGACGUACACGCUUACGUCUUUCCUACCUUGGUUGGUUACGACUCUCCCAAGUUUGGGUUUGGCGCACACACUUAUUGGAGGGGAGGUUUUCGCGUGAUUCCAUACGCGCGAUCGUCACGCAAUGGUGCG